AUGGGGUCUAAUAAUAACAAUAACAAUAUAUGUAACGUCAUCCCACUGAUGUCUUGGUUAUUAUUAUUAUUGUUAUCAUCAUUAAACGUUGCACGAGGAUUGGAUCGAGACUCAUUGGAUUCAUAUAUUCAUGAAUAUUCAAUCAAGAAUAUGUCGAAACGAUAUACGGGUAAAUUGUAUGAUAUUCCCCUUCCUACAAAUUUUUCAGGCAUGGAAAGUUCAAUUGUUCGUCUUAGAAGUUCAAGUUUUUGGAGAAGAGGGGCUAAUUUUAGCUUCUUUAAAAUCCCACACAGAGUAUUACCAUGGCCUUUUGUUAAGAGAUUUGAUAUAAUUUAUGAAAAUCUUGGGAAUUUGUCGUCCAAAUACUAUGAUGUUACAAAUUACACAUUUGUAACACCUGUUAUAGGCUUUUUAGCAUAUGAUGCAAGAAGAAGCAGAGAAAAUUAUGGAAUGGUUGAGCUCAAUACCAUGGAAAAUCACAUUUUGAUUCAUUUCCCUCCAAACAACGACUACAACAAGGAUAACAAGAAUGUGAAAUGUGUUAGAUUUGUCAAAAAUGGAACGAUAGAGUUCAGUAAUGUUACAAUGAACAACACAUGUAUGUCGCGAGGACAAGGACAUUUCGCGAUAGUGGUUCCUUCAUUGAAGCCAGAGGAGGAGGAAAAGGGAAAAUGGAAAUGGUGGGUAAUAGGAUUUGGAGUAGGAAUUGUUGGAUUAAUAUUGUUGAUUGUGAUGGGAAUUUUGAUAUACAAAUGUGUUAGGCUAAAAAAGAGAGGUAAUAUGGAGAGACAAUCUGAAAAAAGUGAGGCUUUGGAUGAUGUUUGGGUUGGGAAUAGCAGAAUGCCUUCUGCUUCAGGUAUCAGAACUCAACCAGUUCUUGAAAAUAGUUAUGUUCCUUGAUUCUAUUUUCUUUUCAACUUUA